GGGCAGGGCCCUGGUAUUUAGCGGGUGCCCGCCAACCCUGGGGAGCUGUGCUGACAGUGAUCAGGGGUGCUGCUGACAUCACCUCUGCUGGGACCUUUUCUGCAGAUUUGUUCAAGGACUGUGGAAAAUGUGGAACCCCAACCCAGGCACACCUGGAGGAGUGCCCCCACCACAAGUGCAAAUUUGCCCACCUGCCCCUCCAGGAUACCCUGGUCCCAACACUCCAGCAAGUCCCUACCCUGGCUACCCUGCAGUGACACCUGGUGCCCCUGGGACCUGUCCUCCGGGACCCCCAGGUGGCUAUCCCUGUGGCCCCUCUCCACCUGGUCCCUACCCACCAGGGCAGCAUCCCCAUGGGUACCCCCCACCAGGACAUCAUCCCCAUGGGCAGCCCCAUCCAGGGCAUCAUCCCCAUGGGCAGCCCCAUCCAGGGUGUACACCAUGCCGCCCUGAGUGCCAUCAGAAGCACCAUAAGAAGCACAAGAAGAAGCACUCCAAGCACCAUGGAGGCAAGCACUCCAGCAGCUCAAGCAGCAGUUCCGACUCUGACUGAAGAGGACAUCUCCAAUCCACAUGAUGGUGAAACGAUGAAACACGAAGAAUGCCCCAUGGGAACCAUCUGCAUGUUGCUCCGCUCCUUUCCCCUUUCUCUUAGAGCAGUUUUUUGCCUGCUGAAUGAUUUUCUUGGUUUUAGCUUGUAAAUUCUUUGACCUGGAAUUACUGUAAGAUGACGGGCAGCAGCUCCGUCCUCUAUCUUUCAGAAGAGCCCACUGAAAGUCAUCCUCGAGGCUGCAGGUAGCCAUGUGGGGAGUAUCAAAUGCUGGUUUGCAGUCUGCUGGUGUCUGUGUGUUUUUUCCUGUGAAAUGAAGCUGGCUGCUGAUGUGGAUCCCACCACCCAUAGAAGUCCUUACAUUUCACAUGAGCUAUACCAGGUGUAGCAGGGGGCCUGACCAAGGAAUGCCAUAACUUUCCCCUUGCUGAGGUGUAUGGGUUGUCAUCCUCCACACCACAGGAAUAAUUGAUAGGAAAAAGUAGUGAGCUCUCUUUUUGCAGUCCCUGAGCCAUGGCCAUGUCACUGCAGCAUGCUUGCUAGGUAAGGUAAAAAGUCUGGCAGUGCUUUCACCGCAAAAAUUUUAACAUGGAGCUGCUUUUGCUGGUGUUUUAUUUUUGGUUUGCCCACUGUCAUGGCUCAAGAGGAGCCUUCCCAGGCCCAUUAUCAAGAAGGCUUUGCUGCCAGAUGGUGUGACUGGCUACUGGACCCAGUGGCACAACCACAAGCAGCUCACUCUGGCAGAGGGAAUCUCCGAAAGAAGGGGUGCA